AUGCCGGUGCGCCGGGGCCAUGUGGCCCCCCAAAACACCUACCUGGACACCAUCAUUCGCAAAUUUGAAGGACAAAACCGCAAGUUCCUCAUUGCCAACGCGCAGAUGGAGAACUGUGCCAUCAUCUACUGCAACGACGGCUUCUGUGAGAUGUUCGGCUACUCCCGCGUGGAGGUGAUGCAGCAGCCCUGCACCUGCGACUUCCUCACCGGCCCCGACACCACCAAGAGCUCCAUUGCCCAGCUCACCCAGGCCCUGCUCGGCUCCGAGGAGUGCAAGCUCGAGAUCCUCUACUACCGCAAAGACACGUCGUGUUUCCGCUGCCUGGUGGACGUGGUGCCUGUGAAGAACGAGGAAGGCGUCGUCAUCAUGUUCAUCCUCAACUUCGAGGACCUGGCGCAGCUGAUCGCCAAGAGCAGCGGGCGGAGCCUGCACCAGCGCCUGUCGCACGGCUGGAGCAAAGAAGCUUCCCAUGUCAAACCCAACCCCCCAAACUCCACCUCGGACUCGGACCUCAUGAAGUACCGGACCAUCAGCCAGAUCCCCCAGUUCACACUCAACUUCGUGGAGUUCAACCUGGAGAAGCACCGCUCAGGCUCCACCACGGAGAUCGAGAUAAUUGCUCCCCACAAGGUGAUGGAGCGCACCCAGAACGUCACCGAGAAGGUCACACAGGUGCUGUCCCUGGGUGCCGAUGUGCUCCCCGAGUACAAGCUGCAGGCGCCGCGCAUCCACCGCUGGACCAUCCUGCACUACAGCCCCUUCAAGGCCGUGUGGGACUGGCUCAUCCUGCUGCUGGUCAUCUACACGGCCGUCUUCACCCCCUACUCGGCCGCCUUCCUGCUCAACGAGGAGCAGGUGGAGGAGAAGCGCUGGGACUGCAGCUACACCUGUGACCCACUCAACAUCAUCGACCUCAUCGUGGACAUCAUGUUCAUCGUGGACAUCGUCAUCAACUUCCGCACCACCUACGUCAACAUCAACGACGAGGUGGUGAGCCACCCCGGCAAGAUCGCCAUCCACUACUUCAAGGGCUGGUUCCUCAUCGACAUGGUGGCCGCCAUCCCCUUCGACCUGCUCAUCUUCCGCUCUGGCUCUGAUGAGACCACCACCCUCAUUGGCCUCCUGAAGACGGCGCGGCUGCUGCGCCUGGUGCGGGUGGCGCGGAAGCUGGACCGGUACUCGGAGUACGGGGCUGCCGUGCUCUUCCUGCUCAUGUGCACCUUCGCCCUCAUCGCCCACUGGCUGGCCUGCAUCUGGUACGCCAUCGGCAACGUGGAGCGGCCCUACAUGGAGCACAAGAUCGGCUGGCUGGACAACCUGGGUGACCAGAUCGGCAAGCGCUACAACGACAGCGACCUGUCCUCCGGCCCCUCCAUCAAGGACAAAUACGUCACCGCCCUGUACUUCACCUUCAGCAGCCUCACCAGCGUGGGCUUUGGCAAUGUCUCGCCCAACACCAACUCUGAGAAGAUUUUCUCCAUCUGUGUCAUGCUCAUUGGCUCUCUGAUGUAUGCCAGCAUCUUCGGCAACGUCUCGGCCAUCAUCCAGCGCCUCUACUCAGGCACGGCGCGCUACCACACGCAGAUGCUGCGGGUCAAGGAGUUCAUCCGCUUCCACCAGAUCCCCAACCCGCUGCGCCAGCGCCUGGAGGAGUAUUUCCAGCACGCCUGGUCCUACACCAACGGCAUCGACAUGAACGCGGUGCUGAAGGGCUUCCCUGACUGCCUGCAGGCCGACAUCUGCCUGCACCUGAACCGCACGCUGCUGCAGAACUGCAAGGCGUUCCGGGGAGCCAGCAAGGGCUGCCUGCGCGCCCUGGCCAUGAAGUUCAAGACAACUCACGCCCCGCCCGGGGACACCCUGGUGCACUACGGAGAUGUCCUCACCACCCUCUACUUCAUCUCCCGGGGCUCCAUCGAGAUCCUACGGGAAGACAUUGUGGUGGCCAUCUUAGGGAAGAACGACAUCUUUGGGGAGCCCAUCAGCCUCUACGCCCGCCCAGGGAAAUCCAACGCAGACGUGAGGGCCCUCACCUACUGUGACUUGCACAAGAUCCAGCGUGAGGACCUGCUGGAGGUCUUGGACAUGUACCCAGCCUUCUCUGACAACUUCUGGAGCAACUUGGAGAUCACCUUCAACCUACGAGAUGCAGACAGCGUUCCCCGCUCCCCCCUCAGCGAGGAGUACGACUGCACCUACCGCCGGGCUCGCCGCCGCAAGCGCUCCCUGGGCCAGCCCAGCAAGCCUGACACGGGCAUCUCUGAUGCAGAGCAGUACCACACCUACUCCGAGCUCACCAACCCGCAGGGCCCGCAGGGCAAGGAGCAGUGGGAUGACCUGGGCAGCAGCACCUCCCCCUGCUCCCAGGCCAGCGAUGAUGAGGCCAAGACCGCCAGCCCUGGGAAAGCUGAGCCCUUCCCCACACCCAAAAAGGAUGACUUUGCUCUGCCCUCGCUCAGCCUCAUCACCAGCAGCGCCGGCACCACGGAGAUGGGCAAGCAGGUGGCAGAGAGCAGUCAGUCCUACACAGCCACUCCCCUGGAUAUUCCCAACAUGUUCACCUUCUGGGAGGACCGGCAGCCGAGCCACCCUGCAGAGCCUUUGCAGCACAUCUCGCUGGUGCACAGCUCACAGGACGUGCCCCUGCACAGGGACUGCAGGCCAGGGCAGAUCGAGUCCAGGCUGGAGCUCCUGCAGGCCCAGCUCAGCAGGCUGGAGUCCAGGAUGUCGUCAGAUAUCAGUAUAAUCCUGCAGCUCCUGCAGCGCCAGCUGUCCCAAGUGCCCCCCGCCUACAGCCCCAUCUCGCCCAGCUCCCACAGCCUGGCCAUGUACGGCCUCGCCCCGCGCAGCCUGGAGCCGCUCGCCCCCUGUGCCCCUCUGCAGGAGCAGGAGCUGCCGAGCCAGGAGCAGAGCCCAAGCUACACGGAGGUAGAGAAGUUCCACUUGAAAUCCAGAGACUCCUUGUCAAGUGGGAUGCAGCAGUCUGUGUCAUCUGACAAAACCACGACCACCCACUCCGAGCAGGAGCACUGCUCCCCACCUCACCCAGAGCCUCCUCACCAAAGGGCACCAAACACCCAGGGACUCUUGCGGGGCUCUCGUUUCCCUUCCCUCCCUGAGCACUUGGAGGCAUCUUCCGAGCACCAGGACAUUCAGAGACACCUCUCCGACCCCGUGCUUCCUGGGAGUUAG